GGCGCUGGGGGGGAGGGAGAGCGAGCAAGAUGGAGAGCAGGAAGUCUGCAGGUAUAGGUGGCAGGAGGUUUGCAUCGGCCCCCUCAAAGCCUGCAAAAACAAGUACAUAUAUUCAGUACCAAGAAGAACUCAUUGAGAAGAAAAAACGAGAAAUCGAGGCCAAAGCACAGCAACAAGCCAAGCAGUCUCAACAGAAGAUCCACGUUCAAGGCACAGACUCUGCAGUUGCAUCCUCCUCCACAUCAAAUAAAUUUGCAAAUGAUGGCAGCUUCUUACAACAGUUUCUAAAGCUACAGAAAGAAAAGUCAGGCACAGAAAAUUCCACAGCAAGGUCUAGUGGCAGCUCAUCAGCUCAGAAGAAGCCCCUUCUAAUAGGAAAACGCCAUGGGUCUUCUGUUGAGAGCAUGCUCAAUCAAAUGAAGUCCUUUGCGCCUACGAAGCAAACACCCAAGAUGAAUCGUAGCACUGUCUUUAAGUCUCCUGAGGAGGAUGAUGAUGACGAUGAAGAGGACUUUCAGCAGUGGUUAGAAAUAAAAAUUUUACCCCCAGAGGACUCAGAAACACGCAAAGUGGUGGAGCAGUUGGCUAGAUUUGUAGCUGAAGGGGGCAGAGAGCUGGAAAAAAUGGCAAUGGAAGAUUACAAGGACAAUCCGUCUUUUGGAUUUCUACAUGAUCCGAAUGGCCGAGAGUUCCUAUAUUACCGAAAGAAGAUAGCGGAAUUUAAACAGAAAAGUCAAAGACAGAAAGCUGCGCCAAGUAAAGUCCCUGAGGAUGAAGAAACCAAGAUGUUUGCGGAGAAGUUAGCUAGAUUUGUGGCAGAUGGUGGCCCUGAGGUUGAAGCUAUUGCUCUCCAGAAUAACAGAGAAAAUCCUGCCUUCAGGUUUUUAUAUGACGCUAAUGGCAAAGGGUACCAAUAUUAUAAAAUCAAGGUCGAAGAAUUCCGACGAGCCAAGCAAUCUUCAACGGACAGUCAUACCUUAUUAGAGCUUAAGCGUAAGUUUUCCUCUGAGCCCUGUUCUGCAGCAUCUCAGUCCCCCGCUUCCUCAUCUAUUAGUCCACCAACGCAACAGCAGUCCGCAGAGCAAGCAGCUGCGAAAAAGAAGAGGAAGAGUCGAUGGGGGCCAGAGGAAGAGAAAGUAGAGAUCCCUCCUGUUAAUGUCAUUAAUGAGCCUCCCAAUACCAGUCUUCUAACAGCCCAGGAUCUGAAAGGCUUAGGUUACCAGAAUGGAAAACCGGUGGGAUUGGUUGGAGUCACGGAAUUAUCAGAGGCCCAAAAGAAACAAAUAAAAGAACAGCAGGAGAUGCAGCAAAUGUAUGACUUGAUCAUGAAACACAAGCAGGCCAUGCAGGACGUGCAGCUCAUGUGGGAGAAGGCCAUGAAACAACAUCAGCAUGAAUAUGACAGUGACGAAGAGGUCGAUAAUGACCUGGGAACGUGGGAGCACCAGUUGAGACAGAUGGAAAUGGACAAGACCAGGGAAUGGGCAGAACAGCUGACUGAAAUGGGUCGUGGUAAGCAUUUCAUUGGAGAUUUCUUACCCCCCGAUGAACUAGAGAAAUUUAUGGAAACAUUCAAAGCUCUUAAGGAGGGUCGUGAACCUGACUAUUCAGAGUACAAAGAAUUUAAGAUAACUGUGGAGAACAUAGGAUACCAAAUGCUUAUGAAGAUGGGUUGGAAAGAAGGAGACGGAUUGGGUUCUGAAGGCCAAGGAAUAAAGAACCCUGUUAACAAAGGCUCAACAACAGUGGAUGGGGCAGGGUUUGGCAUAGAUCGUCCAGCAGAGUUAGCGAAAAAUGAUGAUGAAUAUGAAGCUUUUCGGAAGAGGAUGAUGCUGGCAUAUCGCUUCCGGCCUAAUCCACUGAAUAACCCAAGACGCCCCUACUACUAGUGGGUCGGUGAACUGUUUCAGACUGUGAGAAUGUGUUGAAGAACACUUGCAUCAUGAGAUACAUGUAAUGUGUUAAUCUUGUUUGCGGGCGGCAAUCAAUUCUUUGUCGCUUUAUAUACAAAACCACCAUCCGUUCAGCUUUUUAGCUCACACCCACUCAUACCCUAGUUCACCUUUCGCAGAAGACCCUUCAUUGACAACAUCGGUUUAAUAAAUAUGUUUUUAACUUGA